AUGUUUAAAUUUCUAUAUACUGGUAUAAUACCUAGUUCUCUUGAAUAUAAACAAUUGAAAUUAUUAUUACAAAUCGCUAAUACAUAUCAAAUACCAACACUUAUUGAGAUUAUACAACAAAACUUAGCCAGUAAAAAUAUCGAUGUUAAUAACUGUUUACUAUUAUUGUCCAUGGAAAAUGAAUUACAAUACGAUUGGAUAAAAGUACGUCGAUUAGCUAUACAAAUUGUAGCUGAAAAUUUUAGAUAUCUUUGCCAUCAAGAUGAAUUCUUGAAUUUAAAUUAUAACAUCAUUCAAGAUAUUCUAUCCCAUUCAAAUCUUCAAAUUCCUAAUAGAACAAUGGUCAAUAUGGCUAUACAUCGAUGGUUAAAUGCAAAUAUAGAAAUAUCUCCUGAUUUAUCACAAUCGAUUACAAUACUAGGACAUUAUAGGCAUGCAAGAAAUCGUUUUUCUCCUCUUUCAUCAAUUGUAUGCUAUUUUGCUGAUGGAAGUACACGAUAUACGAAUAUGACAAUAAAUGCAAUUAAUUCAUUUCUAAGAACAAUCCCACAAAUAAUGGUUGGUCUAUUGAUUAAAGACAAUGAUACUCGAGAUCAUGUUAUGUCUUGUAUUGCCAAAACUUAUCAUUAUCGUAUUUUAUGUAAACAUACACCCAAGACAUCACAUUUUAAUGAUUGGAAUCCUACACAAUAUAAAUUAGAUAUUCUUAAAUUUCUUGAUCAUGGUUUUGAUGAAAUUUAUUGGAUGGAUUCCGAUACAAUUGUUUAUCAAGAUUUAACACCAUAUUUAGAAGAAUUUUGA